AUGGUAUACAUAACACCAAAGGGUAAAAUAAAUUUACCCAAUUAUAAAGGUGGUACAACCAUUGAUAAAUCUAUAAUGUAUCAAUAUAUUACAGCAAUUGGAUUAUUUUGUAAUUUUUUAGGAUUGUUUUCAGUAUUUUAUUUUAUUGGAUUUAAUGAGAGUAUUGGAGGUAAUAAACCAACAUUAGAGGAUGAUAGUUCAGUUAGAUGGGUUUAUUUAUUUGCAGGAAUGAUGAUAUUCAUUUAUAUGAUGAUGGACAAUAUCGAUGGUAAACAAGCAAGAAGAACAAAAACAUCAUCCCCAUUGGGUGAAUUAUUCGACCACGGAUGCGACUCGUUAUGCACUGGACUGCUUCCAUUGAUAGUCGGUAUUUCGAUGGGUAUUCGUAGCUGGGAGAUCCUAAUUGCAUUUAUGGCAGCCACAAUACCAUUCUACUUAGCCCACUGGGAGGAAUACUUCACCCACCAUCUUGUAUUGGGCGCAUUGAAUGGCCCAACCGAGGCAGAGUGUAUGGCAAUAUUGUUCUGUUUCCUCACUGGUAUAUUUGGUCAAUGGAUUUGGUUCAUAAAGAUUGAUUUCAGUGUACUCACAUUCAACCAUAUCCAAUACACAGGUCAAUUGAAUGAAAUGAUCUUUUUCGCUAUGGCAAUAAUCUCAUUCGUUACAGCAUUUCAAAAUAUUUUAACAUCAACUAAAAAAGCAAUAGAUAUGAAAAUUAGUUUAUUCACUGCUUAUUCACAACCAAUUCCAUUCAUUAUCUUUUUUUGCUCUGAAUUUAUUUGGUUAAAAUUAUCACCUUCUUUAUUUUUAACUUAUCCAAUAAUUCAUAUAUUAAGUUUAACUUUUAUUUUCUCAUAUGUAGUUUGUCGUUGUAUUGUUCAAAGAAUUUGUCAAGAAGAUUUUAGAUUAUUUUAUAAACCAUUAAUAUUUUUAAUUGGUUGUGUUUUAAAUACAGCAGCUAAAGUUUAUUUGAAUAUUGAAAUUUUGGAUGAACAAAUUUCAGUAUUAUUAUUAUUUGCUAUUAGUUUAGGUUUCAUGUUCCAUUUUACAUAUAGUAUCAUUCAAGAAAUGUGUUUAGUUUUAAAAAUUAAUGCAUUUACAAUUCCAUCAUCAUCACCACCAAUUAAAAAAUUAAAUUAA